CUAUCGACUUUCCCUAGAAGUACGUUCGACCAAGGACCACCCUUUCACCGAAGAGGUUCCUAUAUGAAUGCAUCCGAUCAACUGCUCUUCGACGUUAUUUCGUACCACCCCUUCCAGUCCCCUGGGAACUUUUUUUUUGUUAGGAAACGUCGUCGAGCCGGGUGAGUCCUUCGAGCAAACGAAGGCAAAACGCGCUUGUGUCGUCGUACUUGUGUUUCUUCUAGGGCUGAAACUAUUCGUCUAUACUCAGAUAUUCGAGGUUUGUUCAUAGCAUUCGAGUACCUGUACGAGAUAUUCGAAUACUAAAUUAUUCGAGCAGUCCGAGCUCUAGUUUCCUCGCUGUUCCUUGGUGAGCUCGCGACCGUUAUCAUUAGACUGCGGAUCUUUAUGUAUUUAUAGGAUAUUUGAAUGUGCAAGAACCUACAAAAUACAAACAAUAUGCAAGAAUGUUCAUGUUAUAGCAUUCGCAGAAUAAAAUAAAUUCAAUUCUAAUUAGGUUCAAUUUUUAUAGACACGUUCGCGAAGAUUUUAUUUUGCAUAAAGAUCCGCAGUCUAGUUAUCACCAUACUGACCGUUCGCGCCUGAAAAUUACCUAGUUGUAAAUAAUUGUAUCGGACCACGGUGUAUCCGGAGUGAUCGACGCGAUCCGGCCAGAGGACGUGCUACCUCUGGACGCGCGAGGCCCUCCGAAUUAGGGAUGUUCGAUUCCGCGUAGAUUUCUGCAAUUUAUAUUCGUAAUCGCAUCUAACCUAAACAUCGCGAAGUAUACUUUGGUCGUUAAUUAGAGUAAACGAUUCAUCCGAUCGACAAAUUCGCGAGAAUCGAGCGUCCGUAAUUCUGUGCGACGAAUUUAUCCGAGAUGGGCAGAAUUUGUAUUCGAACGACGAAUAAAAGUACGACGCAGGUAUUCGUUUACCUGCGAUCGUUCGUUUCACUAGGUAUACGUCGUUUUAUAAUUCAGACCGUAAUUUUUAGACGGAUCAAAGGCUGUUCGUUUAGCUGUUUUAUUCGUUGUUCGAAAUUUUGUAGCCAAGGAAUUUUGGGCCGAGGAAUUUUGCCCGUCUCCGACUCGAAACUAAAACCGUGCGACCGAGCACGAAAACGAGAACGAAGGAAACCGUAACAAAAUGUCGGUGUAAUUUAUUGGCCCGCUUUGUCUUGCCGCCUCCUAAGCUGCGUGUACAUUAUUGCUCAAAAGUCUCGGGGAUAUUUAAAGUCUAAAGUUCUAAAAAGUGUUCGUUGAUUUUGUCUCGCACGAUAUUUUGUACGAUUAAAAAUUUUAGAACGUGUUAACCCUUUGCACUCGAGAAGGUGACUCUCUACCUAAUGUUUCUUUAGGUUUAAUUUCUUUGGAGCUCGAAGUGUCGAUAAAAUGAUUGCCGGUGAGGUACAGCUGAUCUUAUUCUCAAAUCUAGAUAGCUUAGAAUUCAUGGCAAUAGAAUGCUAAGAAACAUUUCGAGUUGCUGGUAGAUACCAGAAAAAAAGGCCUCGAGUGCAGAGGGUUAAUUCUUUCUAGGAAGAAAAUAAAUGUAUUUCUCAUCGGCAUCGAAUAUUAGAGCUUCGUUAGAAGGAGUUCUGCGUCCUAACGACUUUUGAGUGGCAGUGUAUAAGCUCGACAAGUUCGAUAAGAUCCCUGACGGAGUGACUUGAAUGUGGAGAAGCGAACGAUAGGUACGACACCAUUGGCCUGUGCGUAGAGUGACCUAGCUUGAGUAACCUAGAGUGUCUCAUCCGAUACAAUACUACUCAAAAGCGAGUUAGACUACAAGAGUAUGACAAAGAUGUCAUACUCUUGAUAAAGUCCAGGCGAUUGGACUAUAGUAAAGACUGAAUAAGUGGAAGAAAAUCGGAACCCAAACAAUGCAGUUCUGUGUUUACAUUUGGCUCGAGUCGAGCGUCGAACGUGGAAAAGGACAAAGGGUGAAAGAGAAUGAGGUCCGAGGAAAAAAAGCAGUCGACAGAAGCGUAUCAAUCGGUUAGGAUCAUAUUACAUUGCUCGUCGAGCGUCAAUGGGCACCCCCUUCAGUGGUGGAGAUAAUCAUCUUGCAUUUAUCCAGUAAACCCUGUCUCGCACUCGUCCAGUCUUUACCAUGUAUCUCAGUCUAUACCAUAAAGCUCUAUAUCCAUACCUAACCAACGAAUGUCACCCGACAGUGUAUAAAGGACUACGAAAUGACGACGAGGACCAACGUCGACAACCAUCGUCCCAGGGAUCUUAUCCAUUUCGUCGAACGACACGUUUAUCGAUGAGUUUUGUCGAGAAUCGUCCGAAUCGAUCGGUUCUCUGUACAGUUCCUGUAUAAUUAGUUCUGCGACCCGCAAUAAAGAGAACAGCUUUCGAUCUUACCGCCUGUCACGAAUCACGAGAAACGUCUGGACAAACCCCUGCUCGAGCUGUCCGCGAUUCCUCGUCAGUGCCCGGGCAAAUAUUAUCGUUUCGCGGUCCGACGACCCGAGUGACACUUGCACGCGUCAAACCCCAACCCCCGACACGUCCGUCUCACGACCUCGCUUCAGUCGGUGGUCGUCGAUAAACCAAACCACCGUUGCCUUCACCUGGACACCUUAGUCUCAGUCUCUAUCGUCCCAUGGACGAGGCAACAGUCGCGGGAUUCCCGACUCUUCGGCUUCGAUUUCGCUGACCCGGAAGAAUUCUGUAAGAAUUCGAUCUCCUGCGGGAGAACUACUUCAGCUUCGAGAUGGGAAGAACGCUGCCCACGCCAGUGGCCUGCAAAGUGUGCGGCGAUCGUUCCUACGGGAAGCAUUACGGGAUUUAUUGCUGCGACGGUUGCUCGUGCUUCUUCAAGCGUUCCGUGCGUCGCGGCGCUCUCUUCACUUGCAUAGCCAGCACGGGGACAUGCGUCGUCGAUAAAGCGCGGCGCAAUUGGUGUCCACAUUGUCGACUAAAGAAGUGCUUCGCCGUUGGCAUGAACACAGCAGCGGUGCAAGAAGAGCGAGGGCCACGCGUUCGAAACAGGAUCGCAGCGGUCGUCGACGGAGAUUCGAACGUCUCGUGGAACAUCAACGAUCUUCCGGAGAGGUUCUCGUCCCAGUCGAUGCCGACACUCCGACCAGAAGGGCUGCCGAUCUACCAUGGUACUGGUACAUUCUUAUUCUCUACGAUGCCCCCUGCAGGAGCUCCGAGGAUCAUCGCCGCGGGAUCAACGAUGCGAUACGAGAUCGCUGCCCAAAUAUUUCUCGCGACGGUCCGAGCAGCUAGACAGCAUCGAGAGUUCUCGAUGCUCGGGAUCGAGGAGCAGAAUCGAAUCCUACGGAAAGGAUGGGCAGCUGCGUUCCUCCUGCGUGCAGCCAUUUGGCCAGUCGACCUGUCGAACUUUCGAAAACGAGACGAUUCCAUCAGCGACGGUGCUGCGACCGCUUACGACGCUCUGGUCGCGGCGCGAGCCACCAUAUCGAAGCUGCGCCUCGAUCGUAUCGAGACGUCCAUUCUGGAAACAUUGGUUCUCUGUAGACCUGAGAUCGCCGACACUACGAACGGCGUUCGAAUAACGUCUCGAGCAACGGACGCAGCAGUGGAGACUUUGGUUCGUCAUCUAGACGCUAGAGUCGAACGACGCUCCCCGAGACUCGCAAGGAUCAUGCUAGUCCUUCCUAUCCUGACGGCUUGCUGUCCGAGGGAGAUGGCUGGCGACCUUUUCGCUCCCAUUAUCGGCGACGUCGAUCUGGAAAGAGUCAUAGCAUCCGUCCGUUGAUUUUAGUCUCGAAAGAGAUCAGUAGGGAGAUGUGGAAAUAUUUGGAAAGGAGGGGAUCAUAGGCAUAGUAAACUGAUAAUUAUGUUAGGAUAAUUAGGUUGGGAUAAUUAGGUUACGAUCUGCGACGACAAACGCACCUUUAUAUUGUAUUUGCAUUUAUUUAAGCAAAAAGUAGAUCGUGAGCUCACAGGCCCCAUUGAUCGUGUACAAAAGUAAGA